AUGAAAAUCUUAUCUGGAGACCUUUUGCUUAUUCGGUUUCUUCUUACUGAAUCAUGCACAUCCACACUCUGCACUCAACUCUCUUCUGCCACAGGAAAUGAUCCUGGAUGUUCUUCUGCCACAAAGGCAUGCAUAUAUGGCAUUCAAUAUGGUGAUCAAUCCUUCUCCGUUGGCUACUUCAGCCGUGAGCGUCUCACCGUCACCACCACCGGCGUCAUCAACAACUUCCUCUUCGGCUGUGGUCAAAACAACCAGGGUCUCUUCGGUGGCUCCGCCGGUCUCAUCGGCCUCGGCCGCCACCCCAUUUCUUUUGUCCAACAAACCGCCUCAAAGUACAACAAAAUCUUCUCCUACUGCCUCCCUUCCACCUCUAGCUCCACCGGCCACCUUAACAUUGGCGGCUGCGCCUAUCGCAAGCUCCUCUACACCUCAUUCACCACCAUUUCUCGCGGCUCCUCCUUCUACGAUCUCGACAUCGUUUCCAUCAUUGUCUCUGGUGUCAAACUCUCUCUCACUCCCUCCCUCUUUUCCAGCGGCGUUGCCAUCAUCGACUCCGGCACCGUCAUCACGCGCCUCCCCCCACUGCCUAUGCCGCUCUCCUCUCCGCCUUCCGGCAGGGCAUGUCCAAGUACCCCUCUGCCCCUGAGCUCUCCAUACUCGACACGUGUUACGAGUACCUAG